AGUGUCCCGAGCCAGCCGCCUCGAUUCAUUCAGUUCCACUCCUGACCGACAUUCAAAUCUCCCAGAGAUUUUGUUUGAUUGACACUGCACUCGCAAACUAGUUUACUUGUACUGUGUCGUCGAUUCGUUACACAUAUUGUGAACAGUGUAGAAAAACUCGGUGCUCUCGUUUCAAAACCGCUGCAAUGGCGAGCAAGGAGGCGAAAGGGAGCGAAGGCAUCUUGGGACUGUCCGAAAUCACCGAAAACAAGUCAAUAUGGCGGAUGUUGCUAGCCGAGUUCCUCGGGACGUUUCUUCUAGUCUGCGUGGGCUGUGGUUCUAUAGUGCUAGGGGACUUCAGCGUCGUCCGAAUCGGACUGACUUUCGGAAUCACAGUGGCCACGCUAGCGCAAAGCAUCGGUCACGUGAGCGGCUGCCACAUCAACCCCGCCGUGACGCUGAGCCUCUUCGUCACCGGGGACAUCAAGCUGCUCCGAGCCCUCCUCUUCGUGGCGGUCCAGAUGAUCGGGGCCAUCGGAGGAGCCGGAGUUCUGCGGUUAAUCGUCCCCGAGAAUAAAGAAGGCGGCUUGGGAAUAACCAACCUCGGCAACGACCUGACCGACGUGCAAGGCUUCCUCAUGGAAAUCGUCCUGACUUUCGUCCUGGUUUUCAUAGUCCACUCUGUAUGCGACCCCCGUCGUAAGGACAUCAAAGGCUCCGCUCCCUUAGCAAUAGGUCUGGCAGUGACCGCUUGCCAUCUUUCGGGCAUCCCGUACUCCGGAUCCAGCAUCAACCCUGCUCGCAGUUUCGGUCCUGCCGUCAUCAUGGAUCUGUGGGAGAAUCACUGGGUCUACUGGGCAGGACCACUACUCGGCGGAGUGUUGGCCGGAUUAAUCUAUAAGUAUUUAUUCAAGGUGACGAAGAGCGAAGCGGAGUCCUACGAUUUUUAACUAUGGCAUUUAUAUCAUUGUCGAAAUCAUCCACCACUAACCCCCAUCGUACCUAGGUACUAAUUUAUGGUCAUUUUUUUACGCUAUCAUGUGUAGUGUGACUUAUUUUAAUAACGUUAAAUAAAUUAUUGUCACUGCAAUCUUCAUUGCCACGUAGAGGCUUUAUGUACAUAUAGUUUUAAUUUCACUGUGACGAAGAACGAUUGAAAUAAAGAUUUUAAGUGUU